AUGUGUGGUGAUGGAGAGAGACAGAGGCAACAACGAGGCUACGCCACCCCAGCAGAGCCCACAGGAGACAUCCAAGCCGCAUCCCCCAUCCGCUUCACCAACGACGCCGAACAAUUCUCCCGCCCACGAGCCCGCUUCAUCGACGACAACAACGACAGCACGACCACCUCCCUCCGCCGUCAAAAUGGACAUGGCACCCCCAGACGAGAGAACAACGACGACCCCACCACCCUCCUCCGCCAAGUCCGCAUCGUCCCGGCCUCCCCUUCCUACUUCACCGCAACCCCUCAAUACACCGACGACCUGCUCAAGCUCAGCCACCUACUACGUAAACACCAACUCCUCCCCGUCCUUUCCCCCGGCUCCGCUCCCCGCGUAGCCUGGAAAACCAUCGACCAGUACAAGACCGAGCUCGCGGAACCGAUCAGGAGUAAAGGGUAUAACACCCUUCUCCAACUCCUCAAGCGACUAAAUUAUAUCCACCCUUCCCUCAUGCCUACGGAGGUUGCUGAGGCCCUAGAGGGGUUCAAACGGGACAUCCAACCCUACCUCAACACCCCCAAACCCAUCCAAAUCUCCCCCUACGGCAUCUCCCGCGCCGUCGGCCGCCGCAAAUCCUCCUCCGCCGUCGUCCAACUCGUCGAGGGAACGGGGGAAGUCCUCAUCAACUCCCUCCCCCUCCCCUCCUACUUCCCCCGUCUCCACGACCGCGAAUCCGCCAUCUGGGCCUUGAAAUCCACGCAAAGAUUGGAUAAAUAUAAUGUUUUCGCCCUGGCAUCGGGGGGUGGGACGACGGGGCAGGCGGAGGCGAUCACGUUGGCUUGUGCCAAGGCACUGUUGGCGCACGAGCCGGAUCUGAAGCCCGCGUUGAGGAGGGCCGGGUGUGUGACGCGGGAUCCGAGGAGGGUGGAGAGGAAGAAGCCCGGGAAGUUGAAGGCGAGGAAGAUGCCGGCUUGGGUUAAGCGAUAG